GGCCCGGGGAAGAGCUUGCGGGGAGUCGGGGACCUCAGCGACCGGUCCCUCUGCUCCGCGUAAUCAGAGACCGCUGACGCCGACCUGUGUGGGAUUCCCCUGCCCUUCUGGUCCAAGACCCCCUACUCUGUCUCCUGGCAGCCUGUGCCCCGGCCUCUCCUAGACCCGCGUGCGGAGGAACCAGCCAUCUCUCCAUCUGCAGCCAUGAACUUCCUCCGGCGACGCCUCUCCGACAGCAGCUUCGUGGCCAACCUGCCCAAUGGCUACAUGGCGGACCUGCACCGCCCGGACAGCUCCACCAGCUCGCCCUCGUCCCCGGCCAUGGAGCGCAGGCACCCCCAGCCCCUGGCGGCCUCCUUCUCCUCGCCCGGGUCCAGCCUCUUCAGCUCCUUCUCCAGUGCCAUGAAGCAGACCUCGCAGGCCCCCGCGGGGCCGGUGGAGCCUCUGGCUCCCUCCACACCGGUUGUUCAAAGGCCCAGGGUCCUGCUGGUGAUCGACGAUGCCCACACAGACUGGGCCAAGUAUUUCCAAGGAAAGAAGGUGAAUGGAGAGAUUGAGAUCCGAGUGGAGCAGGCCGAAUUCUCAGAGUUGAACCUAGCUGCCUAUGUUACUGGGGGCUGCAUGGUGGACAUGCAGGUCGUGAGAAAUGGUACCAAGGUGGUGAG